AUGCCAACUGCCGGUGUACUCGACUCAUUUAAGAAUCUCCUCCGACACGGCAAACACCACAACCACGCAGCGCCUAAACAAGAAGCAGCCCCACCUCCCGCAACAACCCCAAUCGAAGAGAAAAUGGCCCGCGAAGCAGCAGAGCAAAUCGUCAAGCAGGAGCGUGAACAGAAGAGCCAAUUGCCAUCAUACAAGGGUCUCGAAAACUUUCAGAUUGUCGAGAAGAUGGGCGAUGGCGCAUUUUCCAACGUCUAUCAUGCCCUCGACCUCACCACCAACAAGAAAGUUGCAGUCAAGGUCGUACGAAAGUAUGAACUCAACUCAUCCCAGGAUGGAGACAAACAUUUGAACCCUAAGUUCAAAAAGAAGCCGCGCGUAACAGAGCGCGCCAAUAUUCUCAAGGAGGUGCAAAUUAUGCGCGGAACUAACCAUCCUUCCGUGGUCAAGUUAAUAUCCUUUUCUGAAUCGGAGGAACACUAUUUCCUCGUAUUAGAACUCAUGGAAGGAGGAGAGCUAUUCCACCAAAUCGUCAAGCUCACCUACUUCAGCGAGAAUUUGUCUCGGCACGUCAUUCUACAAGUUGCUCACGGUAUCCGCUAUCUACACGAAGAACGAGGGGUGGUUCAUCGGGACAUCAAACCUGAGAACCUUCUUUUCCAAAGGAUACCGAUUGUGCCUUCCAAAGUUCCUGUGCAUCGACCUUACGAUGAAGAGAAGGAAGACGAAGGAGAAUUCAUCCCCGGAGUCGGUGGCGGUGGGAUCGGCCGCGUCAAGAUCGCUGAUUUUGGGUUAAGCAAAGUGGUCUGGAACGAAGAAACAAUGACGCCAUGCGGAACAGUUGGUUAUACGGCCCCUGAAAUAGUGAAGGACGAACGGUACAGCAAGAGUGUCGAUAUGUGGGCGCUUGGCUGCGUGUUAUAUACGCUCCUUUGCGGUUUCCCGCCAUUUUACGACGAAAGCAUCAACGUUCUCACGGAAAAGGUAGCGCGAGGUUAUUACACGUUCCUCAGCCCUUGGUGGGACGAUAUAAACCCUUCAGCCAAAGACUUGAUUACCCAUCUAUUGUGUGUUGAUCCAGCUCAACGUUACACUAUCGACGAGUUUCUUGCCCACCCUUGGUGUAACGCUGCACCUGCUCCCCCACCACCCCCGACGCCUUAUACUGGACACCCUAUCGACUCUCCUCUUCUGUCUGCAGCUAAAGGCCGAAUGGAAGGACGGAGUCCUGGAAUUGCUACAUUGAAAGAGGCAUUCGAUGUGACGUAUGCUGUGCACCGAAUGGAAGAGGAGGGAGCCCGGCGACGCAAAUAUAAGGGACGAGGAGGAGCGGGUGUUCGGGGUUUCCUCGGUGGACUAAACGAAGACGAUGAAGAAGACUUUGAUGAGCAACAAACGACCAAGAACCAGGCUGGUUAUGCUGGCGGACGUGCCGGGCCGCGUGACCGUGGCCAGAAUGCCACCAAAUCAGCGGGUACUAAAGGGUUCGAACUCGAUUUGGAUGGUGCCACGCUGCUUGGUAGAAGGCAUCGCGGCAAAGGAGCGGGUGGUACGGGUAUCGGAACGCGUAGUCCGCUGGCGGAUAACGUGACCUCAAUGCAAGGCCUUCGAUUGGACAACGACCUCGGUAGCCCAAUGCAAAUCGGUUGA